CCGAUCCGGAGAGUUUGGAGCGGGAGAGAAAGUGGGAGGGGGCGGAGUCCGGGGGGGUGGGGGCUCCUUCGUGAGUCUGAUCACACAAGCAGCUCUACGAGCGCGCGGAGCAGAGCGUCUGCAGCCGCGCGCGAGGCGGCGCACGGAUGAAGACUGUGGCACAAACUGCUCCGCUUGCAGGACGCACGAGGCGACCCCCCCCAAGCUGACGAAGUUAAUGAAGUUUCCGUUUGGGGAGGAAAGUUUCCCCUAAACUAGACAGCUUUUAUUUUUUAAUUAUUUACUUUUUUACUUUUAUUCUUUGAACUUUCUUUUUGUUGGAGCGCAUCCGCGCGCUGCUGUGCGCGUGAGGUGAACCCAUUUCAGCCCCCAAAUCACUUCAGUGUCCAAUAAAAGUUCACUUUGCUGCUGCGUUUCUCCCGCACACUCCACCCCCGCGCGCGUGCAGCGCAGAGGACCAGGCGCGCACGCGCAUCCGCCGGCUGACAUACCGACACAGACUCGCGCGCUGCAGCUGAUGCUGCUGCUCCGCUGCAGGACGGAGGCGCAGCGCUGUCACUGCUGACUGACUGACCCCCCCCCAGGUCUCCACAAACACGCGCGCUGAUUUUCGUGGACAGCCGGGAACGGGAUGCGUGCGUCCGGCUGAAGGAGCGCAGUUGGAGUUGGAGCACCGGAGGAGGAGGAGGAGGCAGGUCCUCCAUCCACUGCACGAGGAGCAGAGAGGGGGAGCAGCCAUGGUCCGGACAUGGGGGGUCAUCUCUGAAGACUGAAGAGCGAGCACGUUUCCCGCGCGUCCUCUGUAACCCGCCGCGCCGCGGGACCAUGCUCGGGAUUUUCCUGACACUUCGAUCACAGGGUUAGUUCAGAAGAAACGCGCGUGCAGCUCGAUCCCGCUUCUGAAUCGAUAACUCCUCUGAUCCGCGCGCCGGCGGCUCUCUGCGGGCGCACCGCGGGACCAUGAUCAGGAUCUUUCCCGACUUCAGCGUGCAGGUGACGGCCUCGGCGGCCGGAGCGGCCGGGGUUGGAGGCGGCGGCGGCGGCGGCGCCGGCGGCGGGAUGGUGGCCGGCCCGCCGGUGGGGCGCGUGCCGGUUCCCGGAGCCACGAACGGGACCCCGCAGAGCCUGCAGGGGAUCGGCGCCUACCAGCAGAGUGACCCCUACUGGGAGCGGCCGUCUAAUGCAGGCAGCUGCUCCAGCGCCCGGCCCAAGACCCUUCACCUGGCGGGCCAGCAGCACACUUCGUCUCCAUGGCUUCAGGCUCUGAGGAAGGAGAAGUCUCGGGAUGCGGCGAGGUCACGGCGGGGAAAAGAGAACUUUGAAUUUUAUGAGUUAGCCAAGAUGCUGCCGCUGCCGGGCGCCAUCACGAGCCAGCUGGACAAGGCCUCCAUCAUCCGGCUCACCAUCAGCUACCUGAAGAUGAGGGACUUCGCCAACCAAGGAGACCCGCCCUGGAACCUGCGCAUCGAGGGCCCCCCGCCCAACACCUCAGUCAAAGCUAUCGGUUCUCAGAGGAGGAGGAGUCCCAGCGCCGUUGCCUCAGAGAUCUUCGAACCUCACCUGGGUAGCCACAUUCUGCAGUCUCUGGACGGCUUCGUAUUUGCACUAAAUAAGGAGGGGCGCUUCCUCUACAUCUCUGAGACGGUCUCCAUCUACCUGGGCCUGUCACAGGUGGAGCUGACUGGGAGCAGUGUUUUCGACUACAUCCACCCGGGAGACCACGUGGAGAUGGCGGAACAGCUUGGGAUGAAGCUUCCUCCAGGACGAGGAAUGAGUCUGUCCCAAGCAGCCAUCAACGAGGACGGGGCCUCCUCUGCCUCUUCUUCAUCGCACUCGGAAACACCUGAACCAGUGGAGUCCAGCAGUCCCAGCCUUCUGGCUCCAGAUAACUCCUUGGAAAGAUCCUUUUUCAUCCGAAUGAAGUCCACUCUCACAAAGAGAGGCGUGCACAUCAAAUCCUCAGGAUAUAAGGUGAUCCACAUCACGGGCCGUCUGCGGAUCCGGAUGGCUCUGACGCACAGCCGCUCGGUGCCCAAUCAGAUCAUGGGGAUGGUGGUGGUGGCUCACGCUCUGCCGCCGCCCACCAUCAACGAGGUCCGCAUCGACUGUCAGAUGUUUGUGACCAGAGUCAACAUGGACCUGAAGAUUGUCUACUGUGAAAACAGGAUCAGUGACUACAUGGACCUGACUCCGGUGGACAUUGUGGGGAAGAGAUGUUACCAGUUCAUUCAUGCUGAGGAUGUGGAGGGGAUCCGGCAGUGUCACCUGGACUUGCUGAACAAAGGUCAGUGUGUGACCAAAUAUUACCGGUGGAUCCAGAAGAACGGUGGUUACAUCUGGAUCCAGUCCAGUGCCACCAUCGCCGUUAAUACCAAGAACUCCAGCGAGAAGAACAUCAUCUGGGUCAACUAUGUUCUCAGUAAUCCAGAAUACAAAGACACGCCGAUUGACAUCACCCAGCUGCCGAAUCUGCCAGAAAAGACUUCCGAGUCAUCCGAGACCUCAGAAUCCGAGUCCGAGUCCAAAGAAAACUCAGACGGUGAAAACACAAAGCCUGAGGAGAAGUCGAUGCAGCAUCCUGAGGGAGACGCCGAGCCCGAGAUGGACACCAAGCGGCAGCAUCCGUCCUCCUCCCAGCAGGACAUGAAGCGGCACGAGGAGGACAGCUCCAGCAACCCCGAGAGCCAGGAGAGCGACGACAGCCUGGAGGCGUCCGACGGGGAGCAGGAGCACGACACAGCAAUAAGAGCGGGAGGGGGGGCCGGACCCGGGCUGGAGAGGUUAGCCAGACUGGGGAGCCUGGAAGGACUCGGCGCCAUGGGUGGACUCGACAACUUAGGCGGGCUUCCGAUCAAAGUGGAGCAUUACGGAGAAGGAGAAGAAGCACAACUGCACAACUCCCUCACCUCCUCAUCGGAGGAGGAGGAGGACGAAGACGAGGGGGGGGAGGUGCAAGACUGCAACGACGCCGGAGUCCAGAACUGUCGAAAGAGGAGGAAAGUACAAAAGUGGGACGGAUCCAGAAGCAGAAGGCUCCGGCUGUCGGCGCCCCCCAGCCCCGUCGCGGCAGGGGAGACCCCAUCGCAGGUCGACUCCUCGGGGGCCGCCUCCGUCACCCCCCCUCACCUCCUGACCUCCGGAGGCUCCCCCAAGAGCGCAGCGGCGUCCGUCCUGAAGAUCAAGACGGAGAUGGUGGAGCCCAUCAACUUCGACAACGACAGCAGCAUCUGGAACUACCCCCCCAACCGCGAGAUCUCCAGGAACGAGGCCCCGUACAGCAUGACCUCCAAACCAGCCCCGGGGGGUCACGAGAGCUUCCCUCCAUCGCAGGCCGGCGCUCUGCAGGUGGUCAUUCCCGAGUCUGUGCUCACGCCCCCGGGAGCUGAGGGAGCAGGGGGCAGGAAGCCGCCCUACAACGGAAGCUCGGCUCCUUCCUCCUCCUCCAGCGCCACCAGUUUGGCUCCUCCCUCAAACACGUCCUCCGCCGACCCCCUGUCCCCCCCUCUGUCUGCAUCCCCGAGGGACAAACUACAAGCCACUCCCACCACCACCUCCUCCUCGUCCUCCUCCUCGUCCUCCUCCAGCUCUUCGUCCUCACUGGUGUAUUCUGGUGACCUUGAAGCGCUGCAGCGUUUGCAGGCCGGUAACAUGGUCCUCCCACUGGUUCACCGGGUCUCAGGGACUCUGGACUCCACGAGCACCGCGGCUCCACGUGUCUACACCACCGGCACCAUCAGGUAUGCCCCCGCGGACGUCACGCUGGCCAUGGCACAGAGCAACCUGCUCCCCAACGCCGCCAUGAACUUUGUGGACGGCCCGGGAUUCGGCCUGGAUCCCAAGACGCCGAUGGAGAUGCUGUACCAUCACGUCCACAGGCUCAACAUGUCUGCCGCCGCCGCCACCGGCCCGUUCGUGGGCUCCCCGGCGCCCACGGGUAACGGCUCUCUGGGGGGCCAGGUGCCGACGACAGCCAACGUCUUCACCACGGCGGAGGGCCUUUUCUCCACGCUGCCAUUCCCGGUCUACAGCAACGGGAUCCACGCAACACAAACCGCCCUGGAGAGGAAGGAGGACUAACCCAAAACGCCCCAGACCGCACUACUGUGUUCCAGAAUCAACUGUCCUUUGUAAAGUUCCAGAAAAAUGUCGACACGGUGCAGCACUGUGGAGAGCAGGGACCGCCCGGGUCCACAGAGGUACUCUAGCACUUUGAAUUUGAGCGUGUUUGAUAGACGGGACGAACUCGACGCCUUUUCUAACUAUUUUCUUGAUCAUCCUUCACUCUUCCAGUCCUUUACUUUCACUUCUGCAGAUGAACCUUUUCUCUCAAAGAGACGAACAAAAACAGACUUUAUUCUUUCAUAGAGUCCAUAAUGGAGCCUAAACGGGAUCAUUUUUACUGUCUCUGUUGCAUCUCUAUGAAACUGCAGAUUGUAUGUAUUUAACGGAGAGGAAGUGGGGGGGGCAGGGAAAAAUAUAAGCUACUCCUCCUCAGGAGUCUUGAUGCAAUCGAGGCUUGGAGAGCACGUUUGUAGCAGGAGCUUUUAUUUCCACAAAGGUCUCAGAGGCUAGCAUUUAAAAACGGGCUUUGGGGAAUGUAUUAACGGGACAGAAAACCAGAUUUUGUUUCUUCCUCUUUUCUAAAUAAUGUCGGUCGUCGAAGCUCCAAGCUGGGCGACCUGCGAACUGUUGAAUGUUGAGUUUCCUCCUCCUCCUCACCUGAGGGCUUUCCUUCCAGGUCUGACCCGAGCAUCAUCUCUGUUUCUGAACCUUUAAUCUCUGAGCCAACCUUCUGUCUGACCCGUGGUGCUAGUGACCGUCCGGUGACCCGCCAUCAGCUGGCUGAAGCGGGCGCUGCGCACUGACCCCCCGACGGGCCGACGGAACGCUCUCUUUGUGGGAGGAGAAGCUAUUUUACCUUUCCUGUUUUGUUGGUCUGUAGGAAUAUUAGAGCCUCUGAUUUUGGAGAUGACCUUAAAGUCUCUCCAUAUUUCACUUUAAAAGUCUGAUUUUAAUCCACUAUAAAUGGAGAAAAUCGCUCGUUUUCCUUCUUUUUCUUCCAGUUUACUAAGUUGCGCUCCGACUUUUCACGAGGCAGCACUAACUUGAAUGUUGAAAACCUCGACCGGCUCCUGUUUUUGUUUUUGCGUCCUCUUCCCGGUUUUCCUCUUCUUCCUCUUCAACCAGACUAACCUCUGCAAAAAUCUUUUCUCGACGAUCCGCUCUCUUCCAUCUCAUCGCCAGACCCUGUGAUAAAAACCAACACAUAUCAACGAAGAGAUUGUAAUAAAGACACGCAUUUUCAAUCAACCUAUCAAACAAUCAAUCAAUGACUUCAAGGAAAAACUAUUUCUUAACUUUGUUUGUUUUCUGGGGGGAAAAAGUCCCAGUUUCUGUGGUUGUCCUUCUGUUGUUUUGGUCUUUUUACUUUUCCUGCCUCUGUUGCUAACCAAAAAGGAAAAAAAAGAAAAAAUGCUAAUCUCACACAUUUGGUGUUUUAAAAACACUGUGAUUCUCACUCAAUUGUAAUUUUUUUCUUUGAUAUUUUGGUAAAAAGAUGAAUAAUUAAUGGUAUUAAGCUACUGCAGCCAUUCAUUUUAAAGCCCUAUCUUUCCCAUCAUGCCUUUCUUCUUGUGUGAUUAAGUCGUAAAAAGUGUUACCGAUGUGUUUAGUGUCAAAAAGUCUUUCAUGGCGACUUCUCUGUGUGUGUUUACUAUAUGCAGUAUAUACUGAGCUACUGUAGCCGUUUUUGUCCCUUGUCUUCUCUGUGCUCUAUCUCUCGUGUGGGGGCGGAGAGGGAAGGGGUGGGGCUUUGAGGAUGAUUGGCAUCCCAAAAAAAAAAAAAAAAAGAAAAAUGGCCACCCUGUCUGGUCUCCCUCUCUCUGCCGUCUUCGUGAAACCAGUGGAGGUCGUGGAGUUUCGUGUUUGGUGGCCUUCUGCAAGAACAGAACAAAAGCAGCAAAGUCCACCUCUUCUUUGGCUCUGCUUCCUCUGUUGUCAUUGUAAACCGCCUCUUUGGUUUGGUCACUGUUGCUUUUGCUGUCGUGUGGUCUUACUGACAACUCUUAUCUCGCCGUCUUCUUUCUCAGAGAUGAAAAAAAUGACUAGCUCAAAGGUUUACGGAGCCAUGUUUCUGCCUCUGAGGAAUUCUGGGACUCAAAAGCCUCCAGGGAAGGAAUAUAUAGAGAAAUGAAUUAUUGUAAAUGUAGUCUGGGAAUCCCAGAGUUCCUUGGGGUUUCUCCUGUGCAUUGGGUGUAUUUCAGUGGUUUCCACCAAAACUUGUGAACUUUCAGUGCAAAUUUCUCUGAAACAAAAAAAAGAAAAGUUUUAAAAAAAUGUGUUCAAGGAAGAAAAAAAAGUGGUCUUUCUGGACACCUAAUUUAGAACAAUUUUAAUGAUUUCUAAAGAAACUUAAAGGAGAAAAAAUAUUUCUCAAUAUAAAUCUAUUUUUCUAGGUGUUUUGGAGAACUAAACUGCAUGUUUUGUCCGAUGUGUUUCAUCCCUCCUUUGUUUUUGGUCACUCUUUAUUUAUGCAGUAAUCUCGUUUGUUUGUUUGUUUGUUUGUUUUGUUACAGUCUGAAUCCAGGGGGGGUGCAAACGGGGGCCUUUUGGAGUAAUAAUGUUUUUAGUGUGAAAGCAGCCUCUGACCCCCCCACAUCAGGAAGAAACAGUUCGUUGCGUCUGUAUCUGUGCUUUAUGUCAAGAAUCGAUGUGUUGUUUUGAGAUUUUUAAUGAAAAGAAUAAAGGGGGGGUGGAGGGGGGGGUCGAAUGUUAAAUCCCGCUUUUCUGGAGCAUUUUUGCGUUUUCUACCUGCUCUAAAGCGAGGUCAGGGCACAAACUCAGAGCAGGGGGGUUAACGAAGGCAAACGGGGCAAAGGCAAAACCAGGAAAUACACCCACAUGUAAGUGAAGCCAAACAGCCUCUUCCAGCUGUUCCUGUGUCUUUUUGUUUGGUUUUUUCUUGUCAGAAAUGACAUUUUGCUGGUGGUUUUGAAACCACAGCUGCUGUGAAACGCAUACUGUUGACCUGCAAAUAUGGAAAAUCACUUCAUUUAACUGUGAAGAAACUGUGUCUGUGUUUUUAACAACUUCUUGUACAAUUAAACAGAUUCUUUUAUGAGGAACUUGGUGCCCAGUAGCUGAAAUACAGCAGAGAGGGAAUCUCUUGUUGUCAAUGUUAACAGUGUUAUAUAAUUCUAAAUCCAAACAAAUUAAAACAUUAAAAAAGAAAAAACACACGAUGGUACAUUUCUAUUUUUGGGGGGUUUCUUGAUUUCUGCCGGGGAACAACUGUGGAAAAUACCUAAAACCCACUAAUGUGUAACUUUCAGUGCCUGACUUCUCUUCUCUUUUCUUUUUUUAAUAAUCUUUUCUAAGAGCAACUUUUCUGUUAUCACAACUAACACUGCAGGUCCAAAGGUGUUCACACGUCAUCUUCUUCCUGGGUUCUCAUCCAUUCAGAGGAGCAUUUCACACACAUGCUUGGUUUUCUGUAACCCACUUUUGACCAUCCUGUAGGUGCCAUAUUCAUAAUAAAAAGAUCUCUCAAAUGUG